CCUUUUAUUUAAUUUUAAUUUAUAUAUAUAUUUUUCUUUUUGGGGUUUUGGGAAUUAGCUUUCUUACUUUAUCAAUCAGUUCAUCAAAGGGCCUUUAAUUAAUCCCUCAUGUUGGGUGUGUAUUUUCCCAUCCAAAUUUCGCGUUUAUUUGCAGUGUUUGACCUCAACUUGGAAAUUCCGGAAUUGGAUGUAUUUUAUCUGACACCCACUAAUCAAUAGAUGGGAAUUAUUUUUUUAAUAAUUCUGGUGACUGUGAGCGUUUUGAAUUUGUGUUUUCCGUGAAAUAUAUUGGGAGAUAACUCCUUUUAGUUUCUAAUUAUUUUUUGGAUUGUAAAAUUUUUAAAGAUAUGAAUUUAAGGGCGUAAAGGAUUCGCCUCUUUGGUGGACUCGAAUGUUGAUCUUUAAAGCUACGGACUACUUAGGGUUUUCGAUUUUCCUAAUUUUUACCAUUCGCUGCUCGAUCUUCCUUUCUCCAGUCGGUGAGUUCGCCUAAUUAAAUCUUCUAGGUUCUUCCUUAAUUUUUUGUUUUUCUUUUGCCAUUAGUUAUUUUCUAAGAUUUUGCAUGUUCUCUUCUCAAUUUUGAACUCUUGAAGGUUGAAUUCCGAGGGCUCUUAUCGCAUUCGGAGCCCAUCGGCAGAAGAAGACUGGUUUUUUUUUUUUUUUUUUUUCCCUUUAAUCCAUUCUUCUUUUUCCUUUCAAAACGGACAAGUUCUCUCUGGGUAUCUGUUGAAUUGUGUGAUCAUAUUUGUGAAGGAGUGUCCUAUUUCUGGUUAGAAGUUUCUAACCUUUUUCUGCUUGAGAUAUAGCUAAUCUAGAGCUAGCAUUAGGUUUCAGUCAACUAUUUGGGAGACAGUGGCUUUAAAAUCAUGAGUUGAUGCUGGAGUCAAGGAUUUUAAACUCACUGGAAGUCUUGGAUUUCAACUCUCCUGUAAGAAGCUGGAGAGAAUACAUUGGAUUUCAACUCUCCUGUAAGAAGCUGGAGAGAAUACAUUGGUAAAAAGGUCCAUUGCUCUUAUAUAACUGCAAUGGUUUUUCAUUCUCAAGUACCUGCUAGAUAUACUUGUAGGCUUCUUGCAAUCCCUUAUGGGAGUGUUCCUGAAGAUAAAUGUAAGAAGGAUAAUCCAGAGGAUCAACAGAGAUAUCCCUUUCCACAAUUAAAUUCUUCUGGGCGUUUGGAGGUCCAGGUUUUGUCAAAUCCUAGUAAAGAUCAGUUUUGUAGGACUCUUGAAUCGUAUAAACCAAACAUUGUUUACUUACAAGGGGAACAACUCGAGAAUGAUGAAGUUGGUUCUUUAGUAUGGAGAGGUGUUGAUUUGUCCAAUGUAGAAGCGAUAAGUGGGCUCUUUAAUUAUCCGUUGCCCACCACUGUAUAUUUGGAUAUAGCAAAGGGAGAUGAAGUAGCUGAUGCACUUCACUCCAAGGGUAUUCCUUAUGUCAUAUACUGGAGAAGCGCAUUUACUUGUUAUGCAGCAUGUCAUUUCCGUAAUGCAUUCCUUUCGGUUCUUCAGAGUUCAUCUGCUCACACAUGGGAUGCAUUUCAACUUGCACACGCUUCAUUUAGGAUGUAUUGCUUGGGAAACAACUUUGUUCUUCCUAGCAGUAGUCAUAAAGAAGUUAGUGAAGAUCUGGGUCCACAUCUUCUAGGGGAACGCUUGAAAAUAAAUGUCGAACCCCUAGAGAAAGAGGUAGCUGAUGAUGAAGAAAGUUCAUCAGAAGGAAUUUCUGUGAACAUUCUUGAUAAUGAUGUUGAAAUGAGAUUUCUUGUAUGUGGAGAACCAGGCUCAUUGGAUGCUUAUGUAUUAGAAGCUCUGGAGGAUGGUCUUAACGCCCUCUUGGACAUUGAAAUUCGGGGGAGCAAACUGCACGGCAAGUUCAGUGCCCCUCCUCCACCUCUUCAGGCAGGAACACUCUCUAAUGGUGUUGUGACCAUGCGCUGUGAUUUAUCUACAUGCAGUUUUGCCCACAUUUCAUUGUUGGUAUCAGGUAGUGCACAAGCUUGUUUUGAUGAUCAGCUAUUUGAAAAUUAUAUAAAGACUGAGAUUAUAGACAGAGGCGAACUAGUGCAGACACUACUCGAUAGUGAAGGAAGCAAACACUUAUCUGAACCACGCAAAUCUACUUCAAUUGCUUGUGGGGCAACGGUUUUUGAAGUUAGCUUGAAGGUCCCUUCAUGGGCAUCUCAGAUUUUCAGGCAGUUAGCCCCUGACGUUUCUUAUCGAAGUUUAGUGGGACUGGGCAUUGCAAGCAUCCAGGGUUUGUCUGUUGCUUCUUUUGAGAAGGAUGAUGCUGAGCGCCUCCUUUUCUUCUGUUCAAGGAAGGAAAAUGAUUUAUUUCUGAGCAAUUUAACUGAUAGCACACUCCCAAGCUGGUUGAAGCCGCCUGCUCCUAGAAAGAGACCGAAAUAUAUCAAAGAUACGAGCCUUGGUUCUCAUGAGAUUAUUGAACAUCUGAAGGUAUCGCCUGGUAGCAGAAUACAUGGUGCGAACAUGGAAAUAGGAUCAAGGAAUGGUUUUAGCACUCCCAUGUUUCCACUUCCAAGAAGGAGAGGCAUGAAAAUUGCGGCAAUGAGGCCCAUUCCUCACGUUAAUCGCCAUAAAAUGAUCUCUUUUCAUGGAAUAUCUGAGACGGGCGGGCACAAUGGAAGCCUGCUUAAAGCUAGUGUUCCUUCUAGUAAUCCCACAAAGCAUGUGACUGUAGGUUCAGCUUCAGUUUUCCAACAAAAAGUAUUUCCAAGUGCGUCUCAUUAUAAACAAAUCAUUCCCAUGAAUCCACUACCUUUGAAAAAGCACGGUUGUGGCAGAAGUCAUAUACAGGCUUGCUUUGAGGAGGAAUUUUUGAAGGAUUUGAUGCAGUUUUUAGCUCUUCGAGGUCACAGUCGACUUAUUCCUCCAGGUGGGCUUGCUGAGUUUCCAGAUGCUAUACUCAAUGGAAAGCGUCUUGACCUUUACAACCUGUACAAGGAGGUGGUUUCAAGAGGUGGCUUCCGUGUUGGAAAUGGCAUUAAUUGGAAAGGACAGAUCUUCUCAAAGAUGCGCAAUUACACCAUGACCAAUAGAAUGACUGGUGUUGGAAACACGCUUAAAAGACAUUACGAGACUUAUCUUCUAGAGUACGAAUUGGCACAUGAAGAUGUAGAUGGUGAAUGUUGCCUGUUGUGCCACAGUAGUGCAGCAGGGGACUGGGUGAACUGUGGCAUUUGUGGAGAGUGGGCUCACUUCGGUUGCGAUAGAAGGCAGGGUCUCGGCGCAUUUAAGGAUUAUGCAAAAACUGAUGGCUUAGAAUACAUAUGUCCACACUGUAGUGUUGCUAAUUAUAAGAAGAAGAAAGUUGCAAAUGGUUUAUCUCCAGGCUUCUCCUCAAGACCAAUAUGAAGUUGAUUUGAUUUUUAGGUCAAAUUUGCGCCAACCUAUAACUAUGAAAGAACCAACAGUUGCGGCCGUACAUAUAAAGCUCAAUUUCCUCAACUACGUGUAUCACUGUGCUAUUAACCUAAAUCUACAAUUAUGUAUAUACAUAAUAUAUAUAAUGUAUCCAGUAAAACAGAGAAAAAGUCAAGCAGAAAACUACUGAUUUUUUUGUAUUUUAGGGUGCAGUUGAGUAAUACUUGGGUAAUGCCUUAGGAUAUAGGAGGGGAAUGAAUACUACAGUUCUCCAACUUAGUUGAGGGCUAACUUAGACUUUAUGUAGAAGAUGAUGAAUUGGACAAUCCACUUGAACUUACAUGUAAGCUCACGAUUUUCCCCCUUUAACCAUCACGUGUAUGCUUACUAUAUAAAGGUUUAUGCUUCUUAAUUAGUUUA